CCAAACCCGCGACCUCUCCUCUCCCAAAUCUCGCCAUUCACUGUCCCAAACACCCAAAUCCCUCCAAAUCUCCAAAACCCAUCCCUUAAACACUCAAAAACCAUCAAAUCCUUGCCUACCCAACACAAAUCCACAAGCUUUUUGCUCCAAUUUUCAUUAGGUUUUGCUGAGUUUUCUCUCUCAUGGCUUCAAGAAGGGCUGGAAGUAAAAGGAGACAAGUGGGUAGUUCUAGUGCCGGUGGUCAAGCACAAGCGGAAGGUAACAUCCCACAAUCAAAUCUCUUUUUGGAUACCCAAGCCUCUGCACAGUAUGAUAUUAUCAAGAAUAUGGCUGUUUUAUCUUGCAAUUGUGUCAAAUUCAGUCAAUUUCCUCAAGGAGAUAUGCGUAUUGAGCAAAUUUUUAGGGAACUUGGAUGGAAGAAUUAUAUAGAACUUAAAGAGCCUGUGUAUUAUGAAGUUGUUCAUCAAUUUUAUGCAAAUCUGAAACCAAGAGGGAAUAGAUGCAAAACUAUGGUUGCUGGGAUGUGAAUCAUGCUGUAGUUAGAGCCACAAUUGCCCCCAAUUGCACUGAAAAUCAAAUUAAAGUGGGGUUUCUUUCACCAGAAAAUAGAGCAUUGC